AUGAGAUCGCCCUUCCGCCGCACGCCCCCGUCCGCCCACGGCACCGCCUCUCUCGUGCGCCUCUUCUUCCCCCACACUCGAGCACGCGCACGCGCGGGACUCAGCAAAUUCCGCCACAAGACGCUCCCCUCGCUCAAGCACCGCGCGCAGUCCCGCAUCUACCAGUGCCUCGUCUACCGCCGCGCCCAGAAGCUCGGCAACAAGGCGAGCCUCCUCCAGCGGCUGCGCGGCCACACUCGACGACUCCUCGGCGGCAGCUACCUCGAAGAUGCGGCACGGCUGAGGCGCAACGACCUGGCAAAGAGCACUGGCAGCGACAAGCCCCGGAAAGCAGGCAUGAGCAGCUACCAGGGCGGCGAGUCGGGGGCGCGGCGACGGAAGCUUGCAGGCUACCUCAAGGCCGCCAACGAGCUGCGCCAGUCGUACGUGCAGCAGUAUGCGCCCAACUUCAGCAGCCGCGAGGGCCACUACGACUACGAGGACGACACCCCGGGCAGCUUCCCCGAUGCCGCCAUCGUCCGCAGCGGAGAGGAGGAGAUGAUCCUGUUCCCCAGCUAUGCACGCAAGCACAUCAGGCGGAAGCCCGAGGCCGUCCCAGGCACCAUCCAGGAGUCGGCUGGCGACGGGCGUGACGUGCGCGACUCGACCGGCGCCGGCGAUGCCGAGUUUUGGAAACAGCAGUGGGACAACUACGAGGAUGACAGUGCCGUCGUCGACGUCGAUGUGCGCGGCUGGAUCUACUCUCCUCACAAGGGCCAGAUGAGCAGAAAGCAGCGGCUGUUCAUUGGCCUGGCACGCCAACUCGUCGGUGUGUCAGCACCGCCCGCCGCUGCCUCGGCUUCCAACUCGUCUGCGAACAGUCGAGACCCAAGUCCCACUCGCACGGGCUUUCGAGAUCGUGCUUACAUGCGCCACUCCCAGCGGGACGAGAUGCAGUUAGCAAACGAGGCCGAAGUGAUCUUGAAAAAGGGCGAGCGCGAGGCGGCGGCGGCUGCAAGAGGCGCGUACAGCGAGCAGCCCAGCCGCAAGCACCAAGAUGACACUCAGAUAUACCGGACGCAGAGCGGGGACAGUGUGCGCACCACGGGAAGCACGAAGCCUCGCAGCCUGGCGCACAGCCAGUCCAAGGAUUCGUUGAGGAGCGACGACGAGCACAUCACGCCGCUGCAGAAGAGAGCGUCGUGGAACCAACCCGCAGACAUGAGUCCUGCUGAGCUUGUGGAAGCGAACGCUCGUCUGAUGGCUCGGCUACGCCAUUUCCUCGCAAUGCCCAUGGCCAAUACACCCAUCAGCGUCUUCUUCUACAACGACACGAUAUCAAAGCAGAGGACCAUCUAUACCAACGCUGCGGGGCACUUCAGUAUGACCGCUGCACUAGACUUCGUACCCACACACGUACGAAUCUUGGCCUCGGAGCAGCUGUCAGCCACGGAAGAGGUUCUCAUCACCGAUGCCAAGGGUAUCAGUGUCAUUAGCGAUAUUGACGAUACAAUCAAGCACUCCGCCAUCAGCAGUGGUGCGCGCGAGAUCUUCCGCAACGUCUUCAUUCGUGACCUGAGCGACUUGACCAUCGACGGUGUCAAGGAGUGGUACAACAAGAUGUCCGAACAGGGCGUCAAGUUCCACUACGUCUCCAACUCGCCCUGGCAGCUGUACCCUGUCAUCUCGACAUACUUUACAAUGGCUGGGCUGCCGCCCGGUUCUUUCCAUCUGAAGCAGUACAGCGGCAUGAUGCAGGGCAUUUUUGAGCCUGUGGCAGAGCGUAAGAAGGUCACACUGGACAAGAUUGCACGAGACUUCCCCGAGAGACGCUUCAUCCUGAUUGGUGAUAGUGGAGAGGCCGACUUGGAAGUCUACACUGAUUUCGUCCUCGAGAACCCAGGGCGCGUUGCAGCUGUGUUUAUUCGAGACGUGACGACAGUAGAGACGGGAGGCUUCUUCGACCCCUCGGUCGGUCCAACGUCAGGUUCGUCCUCACCUCGACGCGAUGGCAGCUCCGGCCCUUCAAGCUUAGCGAGCCCGGCGAGCGCAAGCCGUGCGUUGACUGAAGAGCACGACCCUGAGCUCAGAGCCGCAAUUGCCGCCUCAUUGCGUGAGUUUGAGGAGGAGGACAGGAAGCGUCCGAAGCCACGGCUGCCAGAGAACAAUCAAGACCACCCUGAUAGGAGACCUAACUUACCAGCGCGAAAAUCGUUUCAGACUACCAAGGAAGAGCCGGUAGCAAAUCUAAUCGACCUCUCGUCAGACGAUGAGCCAGAAAGCCUACCGGCGUUGCGACGAAGAAACACAGAGACCGAAGCCCCCAGCGGACCACGACCAACUUCAACGAGCUCAAGCGUUGGCAAAGCAGCGCCCCCACCUCCGAAGAAGCCCAGCGCGCUUCAAAGUCCAUCGAGCGACAGCUUGUACACAUCUCCUUCGCCAACCACCAAGGCCAGAGCGCCUCUCCCACCCAAGCCCCGUCGACCGUCAACUACGAUCCGCAUGGUCGGUCAACCUAGUCCGCUCUCUCAACAAAGCGACGCGCCCACAUCACCACCUUCGAAUCGACCUGCACCGCCGCAGCCCAACUACAACACGAAACCUCAGUACGACGGCGGCCAGAGCUAUGCAGGCAUGGCCCGCGACAAACUCUAUUCCGCUUACAACAAUCUGCCCGCCUGGUCUUCUGAAGAUCAACCGGCCUCGGACAACGCCAGCAUUCGCUCGGGGUCAGACAACGGCAGCGUCCGCAAAGCGCCUCCGCCACCGCCGCCACGCCGCAACCCGGCUGGUGCAGCAGCAUCCUACGUCGGCGGAAAAGCAUCGUCAGCGUGGCAGCACGCGCCAUCCCUGCCGCACCGACCACAGAUGACAUCGACACAGACCUCAGCACCCUUCUCUACAACCACGCAACGCGAGAAGCUGAACCGCACCAGCACGGGUAGCACACUGGGCUUGAACGGCGCAGGGCAGGGCCAAGCAGCUGACGGGCAAUACACGAACAAGAAGGAGCAGCUUUGGCGGCAGCGCUGGGCAAGGGCGGAACAGGUGCUCAGCGAAAAGGGAGUCAUCUUGCGAAGCUGGAGAGUGGGAACUGACGCCAUGGCCGAGGCCGAGAGAAUCAUCAAGGAGAACGAGGAGAACAACAGAGGCGCAAACAAAAGCGGCGCCAGCGCUGCCACGGCCGAGAUGACCAACGGAAACGGCACUCAAAACGCAAAGAGACACGGCAACAGCCCGCAAAAGCGAUGA